CCCUCAGCCGCGCCAGCUCCUCGCGGGACGGAAGCGGCGGUGACGCGGCAGCAGCGCGGGCGGAAACGGAAGCGGGGCCGUGCGGGCGGUGGUGGCGGCGGCGGCGGCGAUGCUGUCGCUGGACUUUCUGGACGAUGUGCGGCGCAUGAACAAGCGGCAGCUGUACUACCAGGUGUUGAACUUCGGCAUGAUCGUGUCCUCCGCCCUCAUGAUCUGGAAGGGGCUGAUGGUGGUGACGGGCAGCGAGAGCCCCAUCGUGGUGGUGCUAAGUGGGAGUAUGGAGCCUGCUUUCCACAGAGGCGAUCUCCUGUUCCUCACGAACCGAAUUGAAGAUCCGAUCAGAGUGGGAGAAAUAGUUGUCUUUAGGAUAGAAGGAAGGGAAAUUCCUAUAGUCCAUCGUGUCCUGAAAAUCCAUGAGAAGCAAAAUGGAGACAUCAAAUUUCUGACAAAGGGAGACAACAACGCUGUGGAUGACAGAGGGCUCUACAAGCAGGGGCAGCACUGGCUGGAGAAGAAGGACGUAGUAGGACGAGCAAGAGGAUUUGUGCCCUAUAUUGGAAUAGUGACUAUCUUAAUGAAUGAUUAUCCAAAAUUUAAGUAUGCAGUCCUCUUUUUACUGGGUUUAUUUGUGCUGGUCCAUCGAGAGUAGUCCCUGAACUACGGGUGAAGGUGCCAUGGAUUUUUCUAGUUUUAAGUGGCUGAUGGUCCRAUGUGCCAGGAGAAAGAAGAAAACACGCAUUUCAAAGCUUCUUGUCAGUUUGGGUUUAUUUUGGUUUUUACUGCGUAAGGGCGAAUGUUUGUCACAGUAUUUCCGAUGGUUUGUCACAUUUUAGCCUUUUUAGUGAAUUUUUAUAUUAAAAAAUUGAGUCAAACUGUUUAGUGCUUGUAUUUUGAAGCUGAGCUUCCUCUCCAAGUGCCUCUGGGACUGUGUCUUCAGUCUGUGCCUGGUCUGGCCUGGUGCCCCCUCCCUGUGCUGACUGAAUUGUCCAAUGGCGAGCUGUAGCCAUGAUGGUUUUUUUCCAGUUCAGAACUAGAAUAAAGAUUUUGCCUCUUGCCACAUUCUUUGUUACUGCUCUGAUGAGAGCAGCCUCCUAGUCCAGGUUCUGGGGGAUACCUGGGCUUUGCUGUUGCGGACUCCUAGAGCCACUAUCUAGCUUGUCCUCUCUUAACAGAGCAGUAGCAGCUGCUCCUCUCACAUCCUUUUGGAGAAUAAUCUGUCCUGAGCUGUAGAUUGUUCCAUUUUUCUGUGUUUCUGUAAAUCACACUAAAAUAAUCUGCUUAAAGACUGGAAGGUGUUCGGAGCAGAAUAUGGCAAAGGAUUACUUUGUGCAUUGUGGCACUAGGUAACUGAAGGACUGAGGUGGGAAAUACCCACAGCUCUUUGGCAGGGAUGAUUUAGCAGGAUGCAGUUAUAAAAAUUGCUUUGUUUUGAAAAAGGGUUUCAGGUCUCCAGCUGGCCAUGUCUCACAGCUCAGCUGAGAGCUACAGACUGCCCUGAAGUCUGAGAUAAAAAACCCACUUGUCACCUUGUGCAGCAGCUGUCUUUUCUGAGCUUCUCAUUCAGGUUUGUAAUCCUGCUGGUGCAGGUGUUGUCAGAGAGAGCCCAGGAAAGAGAUGCAAGGCAGCGAUGCUGCAGCUUAUCAGCUCUUCUCCAUGUCUGCUCCAGGAUUCCAGAGCAACAGGGAUUAUUGCAGAUGGUCACUGCAGCCACAUGUGGCUUGUGAAAAGCAAAACAGUCAGGAAAAGCAAGGACAAAAUGCAGUGGGGUGUUUAUGGCUGUUUGCAGUUUCUUGCAUAUGUCCCUCAUUGGGUUUGUCAGGUCUCUCCCAUCUCUGGAGGUGAAUUGUGCCAUUAGUUAUGUCCAUGGGACCAUUUGUCUGGUUUUAGUGUUACCAGGUUCUUUGUUCCCUGUGUAGGAUAAAGCGAAAGUCACUUGUAGGGCAAUGCAAAGAGUCUGAGACCAGGUUCAACCCCCAGCACUGAGUCUUGGGCCGGCGGCUCUUUGUAGUCAUAACUUCCUAAUAAAAAUGGUUAUAAAAUCUGUAUCUCCUGCCCCAAUGUUAGAGUCCUUGAGAGGAGAGUCUGGUUAGUUUUUCUGUAAUACUUGAUUUAAGGGURGAAUGUUCUGUCAAAAGUCAAACUCAGGCAGCAAUGARAGCACAUGGAAUCUUGGAGAGCUGUCAUCACUGUGGAGCACCUUCCUGAGGGCUGGAGCAGCAUUUCUGCCUUUGCUGCUCGUGCUGAGCUGGAGCCUGUCCCUGCUUUGCCUUCAGCUUGAACAGYUUUGUGCAUAAGUGGGUUUUAGACUUGGGCUCACACAAAGGGCUGAGUUGAACUCAUCUGAAGGCUGCCAAUCAACACCUCCCCGUGAGCACUUGCUGGGAGUGCUGCUGCUGCUGCUCUCUGAAUCCUCCCUUCCACACCUCCAAAAUUCUGCACAACAUACAAAAGCAGUUGUGCUCCUGUCGCUGAGUUGAAUUAAUGAAAAAAAAAGGCUAAAGACAAAGGACUAUAGAGCAAGGAUUAGCUCUCCARCUGCUGAGACCCCAGUUCUUUGGCCAGAUGAUGUGUCCAGGGGGUGUCAAGUGGUGUCAGGAGUCCCWGGGCUGGGGGACAUGGCCAGUGCAGGCUCUGGGAGGAGGGUGUGGGCAGCCCUCACAUGGUGCUGUGUGAAGGAAUUGAGCAGAAAGUGCUUCAAAAAUGYAGGGUGCUUGGGUUGAGGGGUACUGGAGCUCACUGCAGCCCACCUUUGGGGGCUCYUCUCCAGGGCCUGCAGGUGCUUGUAGAACAGGAGCAAUUGCCCUAAACCAGGGGCUGCCGUGUGGCAUUUGGGGGUUCAUCUCUGCAGCCCCUGUUCUGCCUGUGCAGCUCUGUGCAGCUGAGAAUGUGGUUCUGUUACCUGCAGUCAUGAAAUGAGUUGAAUCUAAUUAGGGUGARGAUAAACGAGCACUCAACCCCCUCACUGCUCCAACACMCACCACCUCUUGUGCCCCCUCCCAYCUCACCUCCUGCAUUCCAGCAGCAUUUUUCCUUCCACAGUAGGAUAAGACGGUGCUGGGGAUGAGCCUGCAUGGGCUGGAAACUGGGGAUGUGGGGGCAGGAUGACACRGAGUUUUUGCUGGCUCCAUCCCCASCAGAUUUAUUCUGCUUUGCUGAGCAGAAAAGCCACGGAGUGAGCAGGAUCUCGGCUGGUUGGGUGCUGAUGCUGAAGUGUUUGGGAGCACUGCUGAGCUCCUGCAGAGUCAGGGGGGUUGAUGGUAGAACUUGAUGUGCUUGUGUUUUAUUUCGGUUUUAUGCUACUUUUUUUUUUUUUUAAGAUGUAACUGUCUGGGCAGCUUCAGCAAAGCCACUGACACUGGAGGCUUUGGAAAUGGAUGGAGAUCUUGGUGUCACCACAGGAGUGGGAUUUGCUUGUAAAGUAUGUGGGUGUUGAACAGUCUGGUUYAUCAAGGAGRAAAAAAAGAAAGAAAAAAAUCUGCCAGGGCUGAUUGCUCCUGUCUCUGUUGUGGUUACAGCCAAACAGGGCAGGUUUUCUGGUAGCUUGUCCAGUGCUUAAUUACUGUUCAGUCAUAUCUGCAGUUGAGGGCAUGGAUUCCUUCACGGGCAGGAGAUGUUUCAUGCUGGGCUAUGUCUGAUUGCUGCUGGAAUUCUGGUAGGUGAUUUUUUUUCUUCUSAAAGCUAAAUGCAUAAGCCAGAGCGUGAUGGUUGGGAGAUGAGCUGUGAGGGUGACGUGCUGCGAGCUACAGCUCCAUGAGACAGAGGCUGGUUUUGUGUAUUUACGAUGCUUGAACACGCAGUUGUUGAUUAAACAGCAAUGAGCAUCACGGUGGUUCACCCAGAUCUGUCCCUGCUUAUUGCUUUGCAGGGAUUCACAGGGCUCAGAUUUGUUAGAUGGUCAGUUCCCUGAUGUCUUUAAUGGGAUUGGGUUAUAUCAUGGUGAUUCUCCUGCCUUUAAAAUUGAGAACAGGUCAAGUGUAUUUUUUCCAAGGAGAGCAUUUUCAAAAUGAAACCUGGUCCAUGCAUGGCUUGAAGACCACUCUGCAGGGGAAAUACAGAAUGCAAACCCAGCAUGCAGCCCCCAGGAUGUGCCMCAAGUUGGCCAGAAGGAGAAGAGACAGAGAAGGAGAGAAGGAAGAGAGGAGAGGUGCUUAGAGCUUGUGCCUGGGGGAUGGCUCCUGUGCCAGAGCAGGGGCAGUGCAAAGCAGCUCUUUGUAUGACCCACAUGGUGUCAGUGACUCAGUGGCUGAAUCAGAUGAAUCCUGGUUCCRUCCUGGAAGGUGCUCUGGGGUGAUGCCAGAAGAGCCCAGCCAGUGCUGUUCCAACAGUGUCAGCAGCUCAGGGUGGGAGUUGAUGUGUGGUGGGUGGCUGAUCUGACCCUCUCAUCACUGGGAGGAGACAAACCAGCACCCCACCCCAGSCUCGAGACACUUCUGUCCCUUUGUCAUCUGCAUCCAGAUUCUCACGUCUCUGCAGGGAUAGAUCCACCUACCUGAGCAUGUUGGAUUCAGAUAGGAYGCAGGGGCUUUCCUGAGAAAUCUGAUUCAGUGGUUCUAUUUUGCCAUAAUUGGAUGGCUUUGCUGCUGGUUCCUAGUCUGCCCAGCUAUGAGAGCCCUUCUUCAUGUUUGCUCAUCCCUGCUUAUUCCUCAGUUGCUGUAAAAGCCUGCCAGCUCCAUCACACAGUCCUGCUUCCCCAUGGAGCACGACCUGCCUCUGUGUGCUGGCCCUGCUUGUUGAGCACAUUGUGUGUGAAAGCUGCUCCAGCUCAUGGGAAAAUUCAUAUAUUUGUUCAAUCCUAGCAGGACCUGUGAGUGCCUGAUCUAGCAGGGUCCCRUAAACCUUGGGGGAAAUACCUUCACAGAGUAGAAGAGCCUAAACAGGGAUUUACUAUAAAACCACCCUCUGUGAUUCAGGAUGGAGCAGAGGCUCUCAGUCUCUUGCUCCUUCUGCCCAGCUCCUCAUCUUUUGUCUGUUUUYGGCUGGGAUACUUCUGAGCUGGGCCUGAACUUGCUUGCAAGAAAACACAAUUUUCUUCUCUUAAGUCUUCUUGCAGAGCAGUUAUUUGUAAUAUGUCCAGCAGGCGUGGAGUGAGAGGGAGACCUCAGGGAAAACCACAGCUCAUUUACAGCUUAAAUGAAAAUUGAAAAUGAGUUGAAAACAAGAUGUGCAAGAUUUCAAAUUUUGUGUUUUAUAAACAACAGCUAUUGCCUGUGGAUGUAACAGAGGGAUUUAAUCUUUGUAAAUAAGAGAAAAAUGCAUCAAAAUAGACCCUCAGGCAUGUGGCAGGACCUGGCUGUGGAAAAGUGGUGAAGAGGCUGAAGCAACUUAACUGCUACUAGGAGUUUUAUUUGCACCAGGAGCUCUGUGAAGGAGACAGAUAGGGACAUUUGAGGCCAUUGCUCUUUGUAUUUGUUUUUUUUUUAUUAGAGCCAUCAGUUUUGAGMACACAUUUGCCUACCCAGGUGGAUUUUUGCAGGGCUUGGGAGGCCUGAACUCCACAGCAUGGACUCUCACUGGCCAGCCUCCCUGGGAGAUGCAGAGUCAAUGCCCAAGGUACCAAAGCRUGGAAGCUCAGAAUGAUUUGGGCUGGAAGGGACAUUAAARCCCAUCCAGUUGCACUCCAUGCCAAGGGCAUAGACACCUUCCACUAUCCCAGGUUGCUCCAAGCCCCAUCCAACCUGGCCUUGGACACUUCCCRGGAUAGCCACAGCUGCUCUGGGCAGUCUGUGCCAGGGCCUCACYACCCUCUCAGCCAAGCAUCUUUUCCCAAUAUCCYRUCUGACCCUGUCCUCUGGCAGUGGGAAGCUAUUMCCCCUUGUCCUGUCCCUCCAGGCCCUUYUUUGAAGCCCCUCYCC